AUGGAACACACCCAAGCAUCGCCAUUUCUCAAGCCCGUUUCAAGAAUCACGCCCAAGCGCAAAGCCCAGAUCUCGACAGCACCAGCCGCUUCUUCUCAGUCGGUACAACAAAGGCAGAUUGAGGAGAGAAGUGAACUGGCGCAGGCAAUUCAACGAAGUCCAGACUGGAGCAAUGGAAGCCUGCAGCCUGCUGGGCUGUUUAGUCGUGCAGCCACUCGAGGCAGUUUCUCACUUGGAAGCAUAUUGAAUGCUUCAGAAUCGACCACUUCAGAGGCACAGCAAGAAGAGUCGCGGAUCCCUGCAAAUGAUCCAAUUCAACUUGGUCUCCUCAACUCUUCCAUCGCCUCGUCUCUGUUCGAAAACCGGAUCCGACAGGAGUCUUCAUUCCUUCUGACGGCAAUCCUAUCCGCAGCCUCAAAGGCAUUCAAUCCUGCUCUAUACAAGAGACUCCGCGACCAUGCAGAAGGUAUCCUUGCCUCUACGUUCAGAAAAGGAACCAAAUCAGUUGAGACUGCCCAAGCGGUGAUGAUCUUGACCUAUUGGAAAGAGUCUGAAGACACACGUGCCUGGAUGCUCCUGGGAUACGUGAUCAGGAUGGGCAUGGAAUUGGGCUGGCAUCGGCUGGCUCCUUAUUCGCCGCAAUCAAACGCGGCCAUGGACUUGGAGCGACGUCAAGCCAGGAACAUCGAGAGAACCUGGCUGAUUCUCUUUGUUUACGAUCGAAGCAUGAGCUUACAAACUGGAAAGCCGUGGAUGAUUGAACGAAGUGAGUUCAUCGAGUCUAUUGAGCCAUGGUGUAAAGAUGCAAUGGCUACUCCUGGUGAUUGCCUGCUCGGUGCGCUGGUAACACUACGACUGUUGAGUUCAGAGGUUUUCAGGCUACUAGGACCGAGGUCAAGUCGAGUUCGCGCCAGACAACUACACAGUCUCGAAUCUCUCCUUGCAAUCAUCAAGAGCAGAAUCGAGGAGUGGGAGUCGAGGUGGCUCAGGGUCGUAGAUACAGCACAGUCGGAUCCAAACAUGACCUACCAUAUGGAGGCUCUCUGGGUUAGCUACUCAAGUGCCCUGGAGAUGCUGCAUCUCAUCUGCCGUCACUCUUCUUGGCUUUACUUUACCCAAGACUCUGUUCAUGUGAUGACUGCCUAUAGUGCAGCAUUCUUGAUCAAGCUCAUGCUAUCUACGUCCCAUUCCAUCGCCGGCCAAAUUGAACCAGCCAUUCAAAGUGCAAUUUCGGGUGCAGCCUUGGUUUUCUCCCAGCAAGCUGCGCCGCCGGGCUCGAGUUGCGCACUUCAGUCAAGGUUUCUCGACAACAUCUUGGCUAGAAUCUCCAAGCCCUCAGCCGAGGCGUCGACGGUAACAGAUCUUCCUGAGCAUCGUGACCAGCUUCGGGCAGGCGAGCGGGACACGACACGCGAGAUCGGGUAUGCCGCAACUUCAGGUCGAGCUUUCGGCCAGGCGGAAGGCGCACUGAGUUUGGAUUUUGCAGAUGAUGAGACCUGGGUUGGACUCAUGGCUGAAGCUGGUUUCAAUACUCAAGAUGGUGUGUUUUUUGCUUGA